AUGGCAUUAUACUGGGGAAGAAAACAGUGCUACAUACAGAUGCGCGCGUGCGCAUGUAGGGAACCUGUAGUAAUUUUAAACCGGAAUGGUGUUAAAAGAAUCCAAACUCUGUGAGACUCGGGGGGUCUGGGAAGGCAUCGAGGGCAGGGUGAUUGACAGAUGGGGUUGGAGUGCUGGUUGAGUGGGAAGCAGCAGAGGUGCUAUACCAAAACCCUUAGGGCUUGGCUGCUAUUGGGAUGAUGAAUAAACUGUGGGAAGUGGUGUGUGGUGGGUCUUUGUCCCAAGGCUUAUAAUCUGUGGGAGUUUGGCCUGGGAAUCCUGGGCCUCUGUGGUCCUCAGCUUCCCCACCUAGGAGAUGGGGAUGGUGGCCAGAUCGUCUCUUCAGACUCUCCUAGAUCUGGAUCCUGGGAUGCUCAUGGGACAUCACGACCUCUCCCCCUGCCGCCCUCCCGUGGCUGGUGUGAGCUCAGGCCAAGUGACUGCCCGAGAUUAUGAACACUGAGAGCCCAGGAACGCUGCCCCCCCCCCCGCUGGCUCCUGGGUCUGGGGGGCAGCAGUGAUGCUGGGCAUGGGGCCCAGGGCCCGAUACUGGCUGCUCCUGGCCUGCUACCUGGCCUUUUUACUGCUGGGAUCUGCAGUGUUUGUGGCCAUUGAGAGUCCCCCUGAGCGCAGGCUCCGGGCAGAGCUGCUAGGGCACCUGGCCACCUUCCAGGCAGACCACCAGGAUUGCCUGUCCCCUGGGAAGCUGGAGGUGCUGCUAGAGGCAGUCCUGAGAGCCCAGGCCUAUGGCAUCUCUGCCCUGGGCAAUGCCACCGAGUCUGAGAACUGGGACUUUGCCUCUGCUCUGUUCUUUGCUGUCAGUGUCCUCACUACUACAGGGUAUGGCCACACAGCCCCACUCUCCGAUGGUGGGAAGGCCUUCUGUGUGGGCUUUGCCGGCCUGGGCCUGCCCGCAGGUCUCGUGCUGGUGGCGGUUCUGAACCAGCAGCUGCUGCGCCCACUGCACUGCUUGGUGAGCUGGGUGGCCGCCCACUGCGGCCUGGCCCCGGCCAGGGUUCCCUGGCUCCAGGCCUGGCUGCUAGGGCUGCUGGUCGGGGCCAUCUUUGUCCUGCUUCCUGCCCUGACACUGUGGAGCCAGGAGGACACCUGGGGUCUAUUGGACGCCUUCUACUUCUGUCUGAUGUCGCUGAGCACAAUUGGGCUGGGGGACUUCAUUCCAGGCCAGGACCGCCAUCCAGCCCUCUACUGGCUCUACCAGCUAGCACUCAUCUGUUACUUGCUGCUGGGGCUGCUUGCCCUGCUGUUGACUCUGGAGACAGUCUCAGAAUUAAAGGAGGUCCAAACACUCGUGGGCUUCUUCAGCUACAGCGGCUCCGAGUGCCCAGAGGAGGACCAAAGGGACAUCAUGACUCAGGAUGCUCUGACCCUUAGCAGCUGCCCGCCCCCCAGCGCCUGCCCUGGCACAGGUCACCACCUCCAGAGCUGCCUGACAGGACCUGGAGGCCCCCCUCCCACCGUGGUGUGAGGUGGGGGAAAUGGCUGGAACUGUGGGGCCUGGGGGAGCAGUGGGUUGGGAUGCUGUGAGCCUCAGGGGAUGGGGAUGUGUGUG